AUGUCCCUUAUUGAGCCUUCUGCAACGGCUUCACUCUCCAUUGAGGACAUUUGUUUGAAUUUGGACAAAUUGAAGAAGGACUAUGAACUCACCACGAAAGCAUGCACCAAAGCAACAAAAGACAAGGCUCGUCUGGUUUCCUUGCUAGAACAACAUCAGAUUGAUAUCCAACAGGCGAAGCAGUUUAUAGAACAACAAAUACAGCAUAGAGCCCAUCUUGAACAACGAAUUAAUGAGUUGGAAUGGAAAUUCAAGAUGAAGGAACAUGAAAGGAAUCAUGUAAGAUGCACAUGUAAAGAUGAAGAAAAACUAACUGAAGAAACAUGUUCUAGAUGCGAUGUUUCCCUUGAUCAAAUGGCUCUCAAACUUCAAGAGUACAAUACCAAAUUACAAAGGGCCAAUCAGAUGAAACAAACCCUAAAGGAAGAGGCAAUAUCCCUUAGAAACACCUUUUCCGAGUUGACUGAAAGGAAAAAGAGUAUGGAACAAAGACUGAACGAAUGUACAGAACACACCACUCAAAUGCAAGACACGUUGUAUGAUCUUGAUGAACAAUUGAGUGCCAUCAUGAAGGCCAAUACAGAGAAGAUGAAAGACUUACAUCGAGAGAGCAUGGACAAAUCACUACUCGCAGAACAGCAGCGCUGUAACGAACAAACGAAGGCCAUCAACCUUGAGUUGAGAGAUUUAAGGCAGAGAAAGCACAACCUUUCGCAACAGCUAGAAUCAAAACGGAAGCUCAGAGAUGCUUUGCAAGACGAAUUGCAACAUUUGAGCCAAGAGAUUGCCCAGAAUCGCAAACCAUCGGAAAAGAGUCUUGCCAGUGAUGAUUUGAACGUCCUCACAUCUAGUAAUAAUACGGUCACUAAUCCUUUCUCAGCACACUUUGCUUCCUCUUCAAACAAAUUGGAGCCAAGAAGACAAUUUACUUUCAAAAAACAAGUUAAGAAUGGUGCGAACUCUGCUGGCGUCAAUACUUCAUUGGCACCAACCAUUUCACCUGUAACACCUGAUGUGAGGUUGUUGAAGAGAAAGACAUCCUUUCAUGAUCAAGCACCUCAAAACACUUUUGAGAGUGAGGGAACUCCCAAAAAGAAUGAGUUCAAGACUGCAAAGGAGAUUCUUCAAAGCAAAUCUUCUUACUUGUCUUCUGGAAGGACACCUCAAGUGGCCAGUCCAUCCACCUACACCUUCAAAAAGAUGAAGAAGGAUUAA